UCUAAGUUUUACGUUGGUUGACGGCGGUCACAUUUUGAAAUGCUAAGUCGAGUGAAUUUGCUGACUUUUCAGUGCUAAUCCAAGUUAAAUUUUAAGUUUUUCCAAUAUUCUAACAUUGUGAUUCAACAUGGGGUCUGAUUAUUACAAAGUGGACGUGGUACAUUACAUUAAUCCCCAUUUGAUUUGGGUGAUAACUCGAAAACAAGAUGAUGAAUCGUUGUUUCACUUUGAACAAAUUGGAUUGUAUGGUGUUUUACCGCAAAAUGUGACAAUCGAUGUUGAUUGUGUAUUGAAAACGGAGGUCAGUGAGGAGUGGUUGCCGGCGGCUGUGGUGGCGAUGACCAAGUCAUUUCACGAUGCCGCUGAAAUUUGGUUUUCCCCUACCUACAUCGACAAAAAGUCGUCCAUCUUCGACGAUAACACGCAUAAAUUUGGAGACAUAUGCGUCGUCAAAAAAGAUGGCAAGUCCAUUACUUUGAUGGACGAAGUAGUUCAGUCUGGUUUCGCUUAUACCGAUGAGAAUUUAUUCCAUCAACAGCUAGUACAGAACAACCUUCCAAUUAAGCUUGGCUAUGUUGCUGAACACGAUGUACUCAAGAAGCUGAAAGAAGGAUUCCUACCAAGAAGAGUACCAGAAAACCUAUGGCUGUAUAUUCUUCGUCAGCAAACAUCAGUUUUCGAAGAAAAACAACAAUUAGAAGAGUCAAUAAAGAAUCGUAAAGUUCCAAUUCAAGAUCGCGAUAAACUUGAUACGAUUUUUAAGAGUAAGAUGAACGAUUUUAAUCUUUGUAAGGACGUAGAUGAAGUUUCUGCAGGUAGAGCGAAUAGUAUCAGGCGGAAUAGAUCUACUGUUGAGAUCACCGAUGUGAAGACAGUCAACUGGAAAAAUAAAUUUGAGUGGUUGGAACAGAAAGCUAAAGAAAAGAGAAGACAAAAUAGUGGAUCCGAAUGUAAUAAGAGUUUUACAAGCGGCGAUACCGACAGAAGUUCCGAAAACAAGAAACAAAACGGACUUACUCGGUUCAGAAAUGAUAAUAAUCGUUUUACAAAUAAAACCGAAAAUAAUCGCGAUAAUAGAAGUGAAAAUAACAGCGAUACCAAACGUAACUCUUAUAAUAACAGCGAUAACCAGAAUAGUGAUCUCAAUAAUCAAAACUAUUGCAACGAUAGUCACGAAAAUAACGAUCAAAACAACAAAAUUAACAUCCGCAAUCACCAGAAUAACCAUCGCAAUUACCAGAAUAACCACCGCAAUUACCAGAAUAAGUAUCGCAACAAUCAGAAUAAUGAUCGAAAUAACCGUAAUGAUGAUCGCAACAACCGUAAUGAUGAUCGUGAUAAGAAUGAUGAUCAAGAUUACAGAAACAACGACGAAAAUCAUCAAAACUUGAAUAAGUUAGUUAAAAAACCACAGAAAAGUGCUGGACAAGAAGUUAGGAACAUCGCCUAUGGUCCCGCUGGACUUGCUCAUACCAAGUUCAGAAUAAAACCGUAUGCAGAAGAUGAAGAAGAAAGAAAGAAGACGAAGCAAUUACAAGAAACACAGAAGAAAAUGUGUGAAAACACAACCCCAGAGGUAAAAUCUAACAUAUCUAACUCAGACACUUCAAUGCAAUAUCAACUUACACAAAACAGCGUUCAAACUGAUACUCAAAUUAAUACUACACGUAAGAACGGAGCAUUCGAAUUUUUGAAACGCAAGCGGCAAUUUUUAGAGCAACAGAAAAGGGUUAGUAACGUUGUAUCGCCAUCAGAUAAUGAAUCCGAUAACGGCAUGGCAGCUUUAGAUGAAGAAUUACGUAAAAAAUACGAAAAACAUGAUAAAAAACCUGAAGAAAACAUUGAAAUUCUAGGUGAACCCGAAAGAAAACCAAAUGUAAAUCCGUAUAGAAAUUUGGACGGUAGCAUUUCCGUGUUUGUCGAUAAGUUAACCACACCAAUUCUUAUGGUGCAUACUAAGAAAGGUAAUCGCGUACAACCGAUAAGUAAUAUGAGAGAUAUUCCGUUUGGUAACAAUAUUCAUUGUGCCCUCCGUGAUAUGCAGAUCACGAGGCCUAUGAGAACGCAAACGAUUUCAUGGAUGUCCAUUCUACGUGGACACAGCUUCUUUGUAGUCAGUCCUCAUAAAAGUGGAAACACGAUGGGUUAUCUGCCAGCUGUGUGCCGCUUAGCCAGUGAUUUUAAAGAAACAUAUGACAAGUGCGAAUUAAGGAGCAUUAUAGUUUGCGCUACCUCUCGUUCUUUGCACCAUGUUCAGAACGUGUGUAAAAUCCUUGCUCACAACGUAAAGGUCUUGGCAUGUCACGCUGGAAUGUCCGAUUUGUCAAUAACGACCUCUCUUCUCAACGGAUGUGAUAUUCUUGUAUGUACCCCUUCUAUGCUAGUGCGUCUUAUUCAAAAAGACUUUUGUCUUGAUCUCCACAACAUUUCAACUUUUGUCGUAGACGAUUGUGAAUAUAUAUCAAAAUUCUACGUUAAAGAAAUAAAAUACUGCAUAAUGAAAGUAUUAGAAAUUGUUAAAAAGCGGCCAAAUAAAGAAUGGAAGUGUCAAUUUAUUGCUGUCUCGCGGAUUUGGUGCGAUGUCUUGUCCUCUCUGGCUAAGAAAGCACCUGACUCCAUAGUAUGCAUUUCUGCUUUUGAAGAAUGUGUUCUCUAUUCAAAAGCUGCUACUACCGUCGAGUUUCUUGCCGAAGAAAAGAAAUUAGGUUCAGUCAUUAAAUUUUUACAAGACAUCGAUAAGUCUAAAAAGACGGUUAUUGUAUGUAAAUCUGAUCAUGAAGUAAAAUUAAUUUCCGAAGCUUUGAUUAAUUUAAAACACGUCGUAUUUUCGUGCGAUAGUAGGAUGACCGUAGAGGAUUUAUACGCAUUAGAUAAGGCGCUUAAAGAGUAUGAGGAGCCACUAUUAGGGCCAAUUUUAGUCUGCUGUGACGGGAAUUUGUCUCAUUUGAACGUGACAGACGCCCAUUAUUUGAUCCAGUAUUCUUUACCCAAUCUAUUUUCCAUGUUCAGUAGACGAUUCGCAGUAUUAAACGAUAACUAUUCAUCUAUUUUCAAUGAUACAGAUAGUAACGUAAAAAUUAAAAUAUUGCUAGAUGAUAGUAACAUCGAGGCUUUGCCAAAAAUCCUCCAGUUUGUCAAAAGAUGUAUGCGUGACGUUCCACCGCACCUAGACGAAAUUACUUCGGAAGUUGUCAGAGAGAAGAAUUUGGUUUUGGCCAAGAGCUUAGUUCCGGUUUGCAAAAUGCUUUUAACAUUGGGAGAGUGUUCGAAUUAUUGGGAUUGCCACGAUAGACACGCUUUCUUCAAAGAGUACGAUGAACCGAAAGAAUGGCUGCCAAAGGAUGGUGUUAUUAAUUUCAAAGUAAUCCAUUAUCAUUCCGCUGCACAUUACUCUACUAGGCUUUUGUCAUACGUAUCUAAUGAUAAAACAACCAAAACGUUCCCUCAGAACUACAGCUUACUUUCCCUUAAAAUGGGAUUGUACUAUAGUAAAGAGUCUAAUAAAAGACUUCAAGGGAUUUUGAAACCAGGCGAUAUUUGCGCAGUUACUUUGAAACAAAACCUAUUCGUACGCUGCCAAGUUAUUAAGAUUUUCAAUUUCAAAGGUAAUAAUGUGUUGAUCAAAUUAAUAGAUGAAGAAAAAUACAAAUAUGUUAGUGAUACUUCGAUAUACUAUUUACCUGACGAGUUAAAGAAGAUUGAAACUCAUGUCGUUAAUGUUGCACUGGCUAACAUAAGACCUGAAGACAAGGAUGUAACGUAUUCAGACUUAGCUGAGAAACAUGUUAAGCAGUUCAUUGAAGAAAACGAUGAGGUGUUUGUGAGAGGUCAAAUAGCAAUGGUUACAGGAAAUACGGUCUUAGUAGAAAGCUUAGAAGUCUGCCAGGAAUUGUCUUCUCUAGAAGAAAUUGUUGUGAAACAUAAUUUGCGUAAAGAACUACUAGAUGGGCACGCAGUAUCUUACCCGGAGCAUAUAAACAAUUUGAAGAAGAUGUGCGAUUUUGUUGUCACCAGUGACGCAAACAACAAACAGACUAUUAAGGAUCCAAUUCCAUCAGCUAUCUCCAAAACUCUGCCAAAAUGCCGAUGGGCUCAUUUGGAAAACGGCGUAUUUUCAUCAGUGAUGUUUAUGGCGGCCGAAAAUCCUACUCAAUUCUUUGUCAGGCUUGCAAAAUUCGAUAAAUGUCUGACAACACUUAUAAAUGAUAUUAAAUUGUAUGUAGCUGAGAACCCUGAACCGAAAAAACAUAUAAAUGACGGAGAUAUAGUUAUUGCCGAACAUCCAGACGACUCUACAUUUGAGAGGGCUAGAGUAGAAGGUAGCAUAAUUAAUGGUAAAGUUAGAUGCUUCUUUGUGGACCAAGCAGAAUGGAGGGAGGUUUCUGUAAAGAAAAUUUUACCAAUCACUGAGAAAUUUAUCACUCAAUUACCAUUCCAAGUUAUUGAAUGUAGAUUAAUAGGUGUUAAGCCAUUCGGUGAAAGCUGGUCAGAUUUCGCUACCAAUUUCUUCACUGACUCGUGCUUUAAUGGCAUCGAUCAGCAUAAAAUGUUAUAUACAAAAUAUUUCAAGAAAGAAAAGGCUACAGUCACGGACGGUCACAAAUAUGGAAUCGUUUUAAUUGAUACAUAUUCUGAGGAAGAUAUAAUCAUUAAUCAAAUAUUGAUUGAAAAGAAUUUGGCGAAAGAAAAUGAUGAGAUAGAACUUUUAGAUAAUAUAGGAUUUGAAAAGGAAGAAGAAGCGACAUACGAUUCGGACGACGAGUUCGAACCUAAAUCAGUGGUUAGUACAAUAGAUAAUGCGAUUUUCUCAAAAAACCCAGACCAACAGCCUUCUUCUAAUAACGUCCUGCGAUAUGUGCCGGUUAUGGAUUCUGAAGAAGAUGAGGAUGAUGAUGAAUAUGACUUAGUGUCUGCGGAUCCUAAGACUCCGUUUCCUGUCCCGUUGUCAGAAAUAGUCAGUAUUAAGGAGCUUCCAGAUGCAGAGUGGACUGAAGAAGAUGCUGCUUCACCUUUAACGUGCUACGUCCCAGGUGAAAAUAAUGAACAGGAUACGAAUACAGAAGAUGUGGAUUCAAAAACCGAUAAUGAGGACACACAAAAUAAUACAACGGACUUAGAAAACAGUGAGGUCGAUACAAAAAGCAUUGUUGAGGAAGUUAAAGAUAACACAGUGGACGAAAAAGUAAACGCUGAGGUUGUUAAACCUAAAACUGAUGUUGAGAAAAAAACUAAUGAAAUAAUAUGCAAACCUAAACUAUUAUGGUCACAAACUCGAACUGUUGUCACUUUAAAAAUACAAUUGAUCGUCGAUAAAUAUGAUAUGACGAUUAAAGAAAGGUCUAUUAAUAUGUCCGCUACAGUUAAUGAUACUGCGUACGGCUUCGAUAUAGAACUAUAUGGAGUAGUAAAUGUAAACAGAUGUUCUCAUGCCAACAAAGGACAAUAUAUUUUGGUUAAACUUUGGAAAGUUAUGGCUUCUAAGUGGCUUUCAUUGACUAAAGAUCCCGAGGUUAAGAAAUGGAUAGCUUAUGAUAUGGACACAAUAGAGGUAUCGUCUGAUGAGGAAUUCGAGGUUGUUGAUAAUUUAAGGAAUAUAUUGCAACAUAGAGAAGCAGAAAGCGAGAGUGAUGAUAGUCUGCUGGACGAUACUAAUUUCAGAUACAAAGGUUAUUAAGGUACUAACGAACUUUAAAAAAACAUCCCACAAAAGGAUGGCAGCGCACUUGUAGUAACUACUUUAGUAAUCAGAGUAUCGAUGGGUGGAGCCGAUUGCUUAUCAUCAGGUAAUCCGUCUGAUCGUUUUCCGAGCUAUACCAUAAAAUUAAAAGCUUUGCUGAUCGGGCUAUUGCAAUUGGAAG